GCCGCCGCUUCCCUCCGAGGGCUCGGGAGAGCGAAGGAACAACAGCCGCCAUUUUGUUUGUGUGUGAGCGACGGAGGGAGGAGGAGGGAGCGAGAGGCCGAGCCGGACGGGGCGAGCCAGGGGGAGGGCAGCGCACAGAGACCCAGGGGCUCGGAUAGGGGACGGGGAGAGAAGCGAGGAGUCCAGACGCCCCCCACCCCCCACCCCAGCCUGCCCGUCCCCUCGCUAUUCCCCUCUCUCUCUGUUUCCUUUUCUCUCUUCUCCUUUUCCCGGAAUUCUCUCUCGCCGCGCUGCCCCGCGCCCCCGCUUUGCCCGCUCCGCACACACGCCCCCAGAGCGCCAGGCAGGGGCAGUAGGGAGCCUGCGCUCGGCCCCCGCGCUGCCGCCGUCCCGCCCCGGCGCCCCCCCCGCCGGGCAGCGCUGGGACCCCCUCCCCUGCCUGGCCAUUCCGGGGCGAGUCCCCCGGCCUUCCCUGACGUGCUUUUUUUCCUGUUUUAUUAUUUUAAUUUUACCCCCCGCUCCUCUUCUCGGAGGGGUCGCUGAUCGGCCUCCCCUCCCACCCCGACUACCAACCUCUUCGCUCCUUUCCCCACCCUCGCAGAGGCGAAGGGGGAGUCCCCGCCGCGCCCGAGCAGCGGCCGAGGGUUUCCUCCCUCGCUCAUCGCGCCCCGCAUCGCCCGUGGGUCUGCGGGAGCAGAGACGGGCAGCCCCCUCCCUGCCACCAUCCUCGGCCGCCCGAGAGGGGGGAAGGUAGGCAGAGAGGGCGGGAGGGGCCGGCUUCCUCCUCCUCCUCCUCCUGCCGCUGCUGUGGGAUCGGCCUCUCUGCCUGCGCCGGAGGGGGGGGCAACCUGCUACUGCGAGCGAGAGAAAGAGGAAGGGGAAAGAAGAGAAGAAGAGGGGGGGCAGAGAGGGUGUUGAAACCCGCCCCCCACCUUCCCAUCCCGCGAUCGGUGCUGCCUCCAUAGCACAACAACCCCUCCUCCUUCCCUGCACAACAAGAUGUGAAGCGGAGACUCCUGGGACUUAUCCUCACCCUCCUCAUCCUUACAGCUCCCCUUUCUGCAGCCAUUAGCGACGGGCAAGGAAGAAGCGAGUGGAACUGGGGACCCCGAGCACGCCGUGCCACUUCCCCCGCCGCCUCCCCCCCAGCCCUGUCGCUGGCGGUGGGUAUUUUUUCGCAGGGUGGUGUUGGAGGGGGAAGGAGCCGCUGCUAGAGGACGGUGAUCUUUUUUUCUUUUUUCCUCCUCCUCUCCCCUCCUUCGCUCGCCUCCUUGUGGCGAUGAGGAGGAGGAGGACGGCUCCGAGGAGGAAGAGGCUGAUGGCGGCGGUGAGGAGGCAGCAGGAGGAGGAGACCCCCCGAAGGAUGAAGAUGAUGAUGGUGGCGGCGGCGAGGAAGCACCAGCAGCACAACAGCCGGGAUUAAUUUUACUAAAAAAAAAAAAAACAAAAAAAAAACAACCAUCAGCCGUCUUUUUUUUUUCUUCUUUUUUAAUUUUUUUUUUUUUUGCGGGGGCUUUACCUGCUCUUCCCAUCUUCGCUCAGCCCUUUCGCCUGGGGGAAGAGGCCUCAACCCCCGCCCCGGCUCCCACCUCUCCCUGCUUCUCCGCUGCCGCCCUCCCAGAGCCCGAGGAGCAGAAAAAAGGGGAACUUGGCCCCCCUCCUCCGCCAGAUCCUCCUUGAUCGCUCUCGGCGUUAUUGUUGUUCUUCAGCUGACUCGGGGCCCCAGAAGAACGUGAAGGUUUCGGGGUUCACCCCCCACAGUCUCUCUGCUCUGGGUGAUUGUCUAAAAAAUUAAAAAUGGCCGAGAAUGUGGUGGAGCCGGGCCCGCCUUCAGCCAAGCGGCCUAAACUCUCCUCACCGGCGCUCUCCGUGUCCGCCAGCGACGGCACAGAUUUUGGAUCGCUCUUUGAUCUGGAACAUGACUUGCCAGAUGAACUGAUCAGCUCCACAGAACUGGGACUCACCAAUGGUGGUGACAUUAAUCAGCUGCAGACCAGCCUUGGCUUGGCACAAGAUGCUGCCUCUAAACACAAGCAGCUGUCUGAACUUCUACGGGCUGGUGGCUCCCCAAAUCUGAACAUGGGGGUUGGUGGCCCUGGCCAGGGCAUGGCCAGUCAAACCCAACAAAAUAGUCCUGGAAUGGGAAUGUUAAACAGCAUGGUGAAAAGCCCCAUGGCACAGGCUGGGUUGACUUCUCCCAAUAUGGCGAUGAGUGCAAGUGGACCAAACCAGGGUCCUUCUGCCCAAUCCACAGCAGGAAUGAUGCCAACAGUAAACAGUCCAGUUAACCAGCCUGGCAUGGGAAUGAACACAGGGAUGAAUGCUGGCAUGAAUCCUGGGAUGUUGGCAGCAGGCAACGGACAGGGGAUGAUGCAGGGGCAAGUCAUGAACGGUUCAAUUGGAGCAGGCAGAGGGCGGCCCAAUAUGCCGUACCCAAACCCAGGAAUGGGUACUGCCGGUAACUUGCUGGCUGAGACACUGCAACAAGGCUCUCCACAGAUGGGAGGGCAGGCUGGACUGAGAGGGCCACAGCCUGGGGCCAUGAACAAGAUGGGAAUGAUGAGCAAUCCCAGUCCAUAUGGCCAGCCAUAUAGUCAAAAUACUGGGCAGCAGAUUGGAGCCAGUGGACUUGGGCCUCAGAUGCAGAAUAAAGCUGGACUGCAGAAUAGCUUACCACAGUUUCCAAUGGACAAGAAGCAAGUUCCUGGGGCAGGAAUGCCUAACAUGGGCCAGCAGCAGGCUCCCCAGGUUCAGCAAGCUGGGAUGGGACCAGCAGCUUCUCAAGGAAUGGGGUCUGGAGCGCCAACAGCAGAUCCAGAAAAACGCAAACUCAUUCAGCAGCAACUGGUUCUCCUCUUACACGCUCACAAGUGCCAGCGUCGAGAACAGGCCAACGGGGAGGUGCGACAGUGCAACCUCCCUCAUUGCCGAACCAUGAAGAAUGUCUUGAACCACAUGACACACUGUCAGGCUGGCAAAUCUUGCCAGGUGGCACAUUGCGCGUCUUCCCGACAAAUCAUCUCGCACUGGAAGAAUUGUACAAGACAUGACUGUCCUGUAUGUUUGCCUCUCAAAAAUGCUGGGGACAAAAGAAAUCAGCAAUCGCUGCUGGGCGGAGCUGCGGUUGGACUUGCAAAUACGGGCUCUGUGGGCGUGGGGCAGCAGACAACACCCAGCAUAAACACUACCAGUCAGAUAGACCCCAGCUCCAUCGAGAGAGCCUACGCAGCCCUCGGACUGACCUAUCAAGGGAACCAGAUGCAGACACAGCCCCAGGCUCAAGUGAAGAAUCAGCAACAGGGACAGUCACCUCAGGGUCUGCGCCCUAUGAAUCCUAUGAGUGCUAAUCCAAUGGGAGUGAAUGGAGGAGUAGGGGUUCAACCCCCUAAUUUGCUGCCUGACUCAAUGUUGCAUUCAACCAUGAAUUCUCAAAACCCCAUGAUGACUGAAAGCGCCAAUGUUGCCAGUUUGGGAGCUAUGCCAACAGCUCAACCAUCCAAUACUGGAAUUCGAAAGCAGUGGCAUGAAGACAUUACUCAGGAUCUCCGAAACCACCUUGUUCAUAAAUUAGUCCAAGCCAUAUUUCCUACUCCUGACCCUGCAGCACUGAAGGAUCGGCGCAUGGAGAAUCUGGUGGCAUAUGCACGGAAAGUGGAAGGAGAUAUGUAUGAAUCAGCGAACAGCAGGGCGGAGUACUAUCAUUUGCUAGCAGAGAAGAUCUAUAAGAUUCAGAAGGAAUUGGAGGAGAAACGAAGAACCAGGUUGCAGAAGCAAAACAUGAUCCCAAAUGCUCCAGGCAUGCCACAGGCUCCCAUGAAUCAAGGGCCCAAUAUGGGACAGCCACAGCCAGGAAUGUCUGCAAAUGGUCCUCUUCCUGACCCAACUCUGAUACGUACCAAUGUGCCAAACCAAAUGAUGAAUCGCAUGCAGGCACAGCCAGGAAUGAAUCAGUUUGGCCAGAUGAACAUGCAGCUGUCACCGAUGGGACCCCGGCAAACCCCUCCUCUUCAGCACCCUGGACAGCUAAGUCAGGCUGGGGCCAUGAACCAGAUGGGAUUUUCUUCACGUAUGCAGCAACCAGGAGUUGGCCAACCUUCUGGUCAGAAUCAGUUUCUACAACAGACCCAGUUCCCUUCUUCUUCCCCGGGAAUGAACACAGCAAGCAUGCCUAUGACUCAGCCUGGCAAUCAGACACCAGUCUCUCAAGCACAAAUGACCAGCGCUUCCUGUCCUGUGAAUUCUCCUGCAAUGGCUCCAGGUUCUCAAGGGAGCCAUAUUCACUGCCCACCUCUUCCACAGCCUCCCAUGCACCGAAAUUCUCCUUCUCCAGUACCUAGCCGAACCCCAACACCUCACCACACGCCCCCAGGCUUGGGAUCACAGCAACAGCAGGCAGCAGCGGCUGCCACUACUGCCCCGACACCUGCUCCUCAGGCAAUGCCACCUGGACCACAGUCCCAAACUAUGCACCCCCCUCAAAGACAGACUCCAACUCCUCCACAGGCACAGCUGCCUCCACAAGUCCAGCCUCCGGUUCCAGUUACCCCUUCUGCAGAGCAACAGCAGCAGCCCUUGUCACAGCAGAGCACGACUGCAUCUGUUCCCACACCAACAGCACCACUGCAGCCUCAGCACCCCACAACACCUCUUUCACAGCCAGCUGUAAGCAUUGAUGGGCAAGUAUCCAACCCCCCAUCUACCAGCAGCACGGAGGUGAACUCUCAGCAGACUGUUCCAGAGCAGCAGCAGCCACCCUUGCAGGAAGUGAAAAUGGAGAUUAAAACAGAUGAAGGGGAACCAGAGCAAACAGAGCUGCAAAUGGAAGAGAAAUCUGAGGUUAAAGUAGAGCCAGUCGUGGAGGAAUGUAAACCAGACCCAAUGGAGCAAGAAGAGAAGAAACCUGAAAUGAAGACUGAAGUACCAGAGGGGGAAGAAAGACCUACUACUCCAGCUACUCAGUCUUCUCCGGCAGCUGGGCAGUCUAAGAAAAAAAUUUUCAAGCCAGAAGAGUUGCGGCAGGCGCUUAUGCCAACACUGGAGGCACUUUACCGGCAGGAUCCAGAGUCUCUCCCAUUUCGGCAACCUGUGGAUCCCCAACUACUAGGAAUUCCUGAUUAUUUUGACAUAGUGAAGAACCCCAUGGACCUUUCUACUAUCAAGAGAAAGCUGGACACAGGACAGUAUCAGGAACCAUGGCAAUAUGUAGAUGACAUUUGGCUCAUGUUCAAUAAUGCCUGGUUGUAUAACCGCAAAACAUCCCGGGUGUACAAGUACUGUUCCAAACUGGCAGAGGUGUUUGAGCAAGAAAUUGACCCAGUUAUGCAGAGCCUGGGCUAUUGCUGUGGAAGAAAGUUGGAGUUCUCGCCACAGACUUUGUGUUGCUAUGGCAAACAGCUAUGCACGAUCCCUCGAGAUGCCACUUACUACAGUUACCAGAACAGGUAUCAUUUCUGUGAGAAGUGCUUCAACGAAAUCCAAGGGGAGAGCGUUUCUCUGGGAGAUGACCCAUCACAACCUCAAACCACGAUAAACAAAGAACAGUUUUCAAAAAGGAAAAAUGAUACACUGGAUCCUGAACUAUUUGUUGAAUGUAUAGAGUGUGGAAGAAAAAUGCACCAGAUCUGUGUUCUUCAUAAUGAGAUCAUCUGGCCUUCUGGCUUCGUCUGUGAUGGAUGCCUAAAGAAAACAGGAAGAACCAGGAAAGAGAACAAAUUCUCUGCUAAAAGGUUACCAGCUACAAGACUUGGUACCUUCCUGGAGAACAGAGUCAAUGAUUUCCUAAGACGACAGAAUCACCCUGAGGCAGGAGAGGUUACAGUUAGAGUGGUACACGCAUCUGACAAAACUGUCGAAGUAAAACCAGGAAUGAAAGCAAGGUUUGUGGACAGUGGAGAGAUGGCUGAGUCUUUCCCUUACCGAACAAAAGCUCUUUUUGCCUUUGAGGAGAUUGAUGGUGUAGACUUGUGCUUCUUUGGGAUGCAUGUGCAGGAGUAUGGCUCAGACUGCCCUCCACCCAAUCAAAGGCGAGUCUAUAUAUCUUACCUUGACAGUGUUCAUUUCUUCCGCCCUAAAUGCUUGAGGACUGCUGUCUAUCAUGAAAUACUAAUUGGAUAUCUAGAAUAUGUUAAGAAACUAGGGUAUACUACUGGACACAUCUGGGCAUGCCCACCCAGCGAAGGAGAUGACUACAUCUUCCACUGCCAUCCUCCUGACCAAAAGAUACCCAAACCCAAACGACUGCAAGAGUGGUACAAAAAGAUGCUGGACAAGUCUGUGUCGGAGCGCAUUGUCCAUGAUUACAAGGAUAUAUUUAAGCAGGCAACAGAAGAUCGUCUGACAAGUGCAAAGGAGUUACCUUACUUUGAAGGGGACUUCUGGCCUAAUGUUCUAGAGGAGAGCAUUAAGGAACUAGAGCAAGAGGAAGAAGAACGGAAGAGAGAAGAAAACACUAGUAAUGAAAGCACAGAUGUGAGCAAGGGAGACAGCAAAAAUGCCAAAAAGAAGAACAAUAAGAAGACAAGUAAGAACAAGAGCAGCUUGAGUCGUGGCAAUAAGAAAAAGCCUGGCAUGCCCAAUGUGUCCAAUGACCUCUCCCAAAAGCUGUAUGCCACUAUGGAGAAGCACAAGGAGGUCUUCUUUGUCAUCCGUCUCAUUGCUGGCCCUGCAGCCAACUCCCUGCCCCCCAUCAUUGAGCCUGACCCACUCAUCCCAUGUGACCUGAUGGAUGGACGUGAUGCUUUCCUAACCCUUGCUAGAGACAAGCACCUGGAGUUCUCCUCACUACGAAGGGCCCAGUGGUCAACCAUGUGCAUGCUGGUGGAACUGCAUACACAAAGCCAAGACCGCUUUGUUUACACCUGCAAUGAGUGCAAGCAUCAUGUGGAGACCAGAUGGCACUGCACUGUCUGUGAGGAUUAUGACCUGUGCAUCACCUGCUAUAACACUAAAAACCAUGACCACAAGAUGGAGAAAUUAGGCCUUGGUCUAGAUGAUGAGAGCAACAACCAGCAGACUGCCACCACCCAGAGCCCUGGUGAUUCCCGCCGCCUGAGCAUUCAGCGCUGUAUCCAGUCUCUGGUCCAUGCCUGCCAGUGUCGGAAUGCCAACUGCUCACUGCCAUCCUGUCAGAAGAUGAAACGGGUCGUCCAACACACCAAAGGCUGCAAACGCAAGACCAAUGGAGGGUGCCCCAUCUGCAAGCAACUCAUUGCUCUCUGCUGCUACCACGCAAAGCACUGCCAGGAGAACAAGUGCCCCGUGCCCUUCUGCCUCAACAUCAAACACAAGCUCCGUCAGCAACAGCUUCAGCACCGCCUGCAACAGGCGCAGAUGCUCCGAAGGAGGAUGGCGAGUAUGCAGCGCACCGGUGUGGCAGGCCAGCAGCAGGGAUUGCCCUCGCCCACACCAGCCACCCCAACGACUCCAACGGGCCAGCAGCCCCCAACGCCACAAACCCCACAGCCCCAGCCUCCGCCUCAGCCUGUGUCGCAGCCUCAGCCUGCGCCUCCCAACAGCAUGCCACCCUACACCAUGCCAAGAACUCAGCCCCCCAGCGCUGUAUCCCAGGGCAAGGCAGGUGGCCAGGUGACGCCUCCAACUCCACCCCAGCCACCGCAACCACCAGUUCAGGGUCCUCCUCCGGCAGCAGUGGAAAUGGCCAUGCAGAUCCAGCGGGCAGCAGAGACCCAGCGCCAGAUGGCACAGGUUCAGAUCUUCCAAAGGCCAAUUCAACACCAGAUGCCCCAGAUGCCACCUAUGGGAAUGAACCCUCCACAGAUAGGCAGAGGUCCUAGUGGUCAUAUAGAUCAAGGAAUGGGGCCAGCGGGAAUUCAGCAGCAACCACCAUGGGUGCAGGGGGCCUUGCCCCAAGCUCAGCUGCAGCCAGGAAUGCAGAGGCCAUCCAUGAUGUCAGUAGCCCAGCCGGGUCAGCCAAUGAAUAUGCCCCCUCAGCCAGGGAUGGGUCAAGUACCUGGCACUGCUCAGCCCAAACAACCACCUCUGCCCCAGGCGGCCUUACAAAACCUACUGCGGACUCUCAGGUCUCCCAGUUCACCCAUGCAGCAGCAGCAGGUGCUUAACAUCCUUCACUCCAACCCUCAGCUGCUGGCUGCUUUCAUCAAGCAGCGGGCCGCCAAGUACGCGGGGUCCCAGAACCCGCAGGGCAUGGCAGGUCAGCCUGGCAUCCCGCAGGGGCAGCCAGGCCUGCAGCCACAGCAGGCCAUGCAAGGGCAGCAGGGAGGGGUGCACCCCAACCCAGCCAUGCAGAACAUGAACCCCAUGCAAGCAGGAGUGCAGAGGCCCAGCAUGCCCCAGCAGCAGCCACAGCAGCAGCCGCAGCAGGCCAUGGCUGGGAUGAAUCCUCAGGCGCAGCAGAUGAAUAUGAAUCACUCGGGAAUGGCUCCCCAGUUCCGAGACCUCCUGAUGAGACGGCACCAGAUGAUGGAGCAGCAACGCCACCAGCAGCAGCAGCAGCAGCAGGGAGCAGGACCAGGGCUGGGGCCAGGGAUGGCCAACCACAGCCAGUUUCAGCAGCCCCAGGGAGUCGGGUAUCCCCAACAGCAGCAGCAGCGAAUGCAGCAUCACAUGCAGCAGAUGCAGCAAGGAAACAUGGGACAAAUAAGCCAACUUCCACAGUCCAUGAGUGCAGAGACAGGAGCCAGUUUGCAGCAGGCUUUCCAGCAGAGGCUACUUCAGCAGCAGAUGGGGUCCCCAGCUCAGCCCAAUCCUAUGAGCCCCCAACAGCACAUGCUCCCCAACCAGGCCCAGUCCCCGCACCUCCAGGGCCAGCAGCUCCCUUCAUCGCUCACCAAUCAAGUGCGUUCUCCGCAGCCUGUUCCCUCACCACGGCCCCAGUCCCAGCCCCCCCAUUCCAGUCCAUCCCCUCGGAUGCAGCCUCAGCCUUCUCCACACCACGUCUCCCCGCAGACCAGCUCCCCACAUCCAGGACUGGUAGCUGCCCAGGCUAACCCCAUGGAUCAAGGGCACUUUGCCAGCCCGGACCAGAGUGCAAUGCUUUCCCAGCUUGCUAGCAAUCCUGGCAUGGCAGGCCUCCAUGGUACAAGCGCCACGGAACUGGGGCUCAGCUCUGAGAACUCAGACUUGAAUUCAAACCUUUCACAGAGUACACUAGACAUACACUAGACACAUUGUAGCAUUUUGGGAGCAAAAAAAAAAAUUUAAAAAAAAAGAAAAUAAACUUAUUUUCUCAAGACUUUUUGUACUGAAGACAAAUUUUUUUGAAUCUUUCUUAGCUAAAACAACAUUUUUCCCUGGAAUACAUCUGAACUCUGCAGCAGUAGUUUGUGGUUUUAAAAGCAAACCUACAACGAACCUGAGGGACAGUAGAGUACAAAGAAUAUAUUUUUGUUAUGGCUGGAAUCAUAACCAGUCCUUUUUCUUGGUUUUUUUUUUUUCCUCGUGUGUGUUGGGGAGGUUGGGGGAGGAGGAUGAUCUUUUGGUUGUUCACCAAAGGAUGCCCUGCUCAUGCCUCCAAUAGGUUUUAUUUUUUUUUAAAUUAAUGAAAAUAUGUAAUAUUGAUAGUUAUUAUUUACUGAGGCAGAUGGUAAACGUUUUCCCAAUUCUGGUUUUUCUUCAUGUCACUGCAAAAAAACCACCACAAAAACAGAACAACAGAAAAAACACAGGAGAACCUUUUCCUAAAACCGGAGGACAAAAGGGGUUAAUGUUGCUUUAAAAAACAUUAUAUAUAUAAAUAUAUAUAUAUAAAAAUAAAUACCAGUCUUUUCCUCUUUGGUUGGAAAUAUGUCAAUUCUUUGAAAAAAUGUAAAAAUAUUAAAUAACUCAGUCCCCUCCUGAAGUCUACUUUUGUCCUCCAAGAAUUUUCUAUACAAGAGUCUGAGCUUAAAAAAAACUUCAAGUAUUAAAGUAAUUUGUACAUGUAGAGAGAAGACAACAUUUUUGCAAAUACACAGGGGCAGCUGCCAAAUGGAUGUAGUAUAUAUAUUGUGGUUUCUGUUUUCUUGAAAGAAUUUUUUCGUUAUUUUUACAUCUAACAAAGGAAAAAAAAAACAUAAAAAAGAGGGUAAGAAACAAUUCCAAUGGGAUUAUUUCAACCUGAGAAAAAGUCCCUGGGGUUUCUUCUUUAUGCUUGCUUUCUCUCUCCCAUGCCCCUUUCCCACCCUCUUCCACUUUCUGUAAAACUUGAAAAUAGAAAGCAAAAAAACCCUCAAAUGUUGUAAAUCAUGCAAUUAAAGUUGGUUACUUAUAAAUAAGAACUUUCGAUCACUGUAUAGACUGUUAAAAAUUGAUUUCUUAUUACCUAUUGUUAAAUAAACUGUGUGAGACAGACAGUCUGUUUUUAAUGUU